AUGCUUGAUGGUGUGUACAUAUCACAUGACUUGAAUCAUACCGUGCUUAGCUUAGUGAGGUGGAUACUGGGCAGUAAUUCAUGUCAGAAAGAAACGCCGGUGUAUGAAACAGCCCUCAUAUCUGCCGAUCGGCAGUCAUUCUCCAGCGAUCUUUUGAAUUCAUACAACAUACCCCUCACAAUCCCGCGAAGCAGCGCAAUGGAGCAGCCGCAAAAUCUACGAUCCCUCUUUGCGGAAGCGAAAGCUGAAAAGUCUGCUUUGGAAGCCCGCCCCGACAGCAACACAGAUGCGUACCGCAGUGAUGUCAACGCAACAAUAGCCAAGCUUGAGAAAUGCCAGCGGCUAGUGGGCUUGCUGUCUCUGUUCAGCUCGAACGAACCUCUGGAGGACAUCUCCACUACAGAUAUCCAAUACCUUACUGUAGAAUAUCAUCUCGCAGACCUUCUCCAAAGAACCUACAGCUCGGACCGCGAAGCUCUCCUCCGACGUGCGCUUGGGCAAUAUGAACGCUUCCUCGCCCGACUAGACGACUACGACGUCCUCAACGAAAAAGACAAGAAGCUUUAUGAGCGUUACACCUCUAACCCCUCCUCUUUUUCCCUGACUACAACCAAUGAUGCUGCGACCCGCCGAGAAGUGAAGAUAAACCGAUUCAGGGAGGAGAAGGAGCUGAAGCAGAAACUAGAGUAUUUUGCGAAUAACCAAAACCGGCUACAAAGCGACGAUGAGGACGUCCGGAAACUCUACAUCGCCGAGAUCAACCUCUACAUCCACCAAUCGUUCCAGUCCUUGGAUCUGCUGUCGCAAGAACUGACCAUGCUGUCAACCAUCCGCAAUGCCGCACCAAAUCCCGCAGAUCCACUGCAGGAUGAUCCGCGUCGGCGGAAUCAGACAAGCGAGUCGAGCUACUCCGAACGGUUGGAUCCCCCACUUGCCGAACUGCUCAGAGGAGGGAAGUUCGGACCUAUUUUAAGCAAGGAGGGGAAGCCUAUGCAGCCCUUCACGUUGCUUGAUCGCAGGACGCAGCUUCAGCAAGGGGUUUUCCGAUCGGGACAUAAUCUACCCACUAUGACGAUUGAUGAAUAUCUUGAAGAGGAGAAAAGGAGGGGUAAUGUCAUCGAAGGGGGGGGAGAGAAGUCAGGCAUGAAGCCUGAGGUUGACGAAGAUGAUAUGGAUUUGGCUGAUGAAGAAACAAUGAAGGCCAGAGCUUGGGAUGAAUAUAAAGAGGCGAAUCCAAGAGGCUCUGGCAAUACCUUGAAUCGGGGUUGA